AUGCCUAGUCCGCCGCAGUGGUCAUAUUUAAUUAACAAAGACAAUCCUAUUAAAAGAAGACGUGUCAGCAAUGUAGAGUCAAUUGAUUGGUUUUCAUCUACAAACUUUCGAAUUACUAGGUCAAAUCGGUCUCGGAGAUUUGGCCUUAGACCAAGACGCUCUUCUCAUUCUAGUCCUAAAAUUCCCCACUUUCGCACGAUUGAGGAUUCUAUUGUAUUGAUCGAAGACAGCUCAGACGACGAACCUGCGCUGGAUAAAGUACUUGAUAUAUCAACUGACGAAUUGAACUGCUCUGACGUUUACGUUGAUAAUCGCGUAAAUAACGGUGAUACACUAGAAAAUCCCGCCUCUGAUGACCAGCUUAUAGAUAUUAUUGAUGAUGAAAUGGCAAAAGAAGUGGAGAAUGCUUCUCUUGUUGUAGUUAGCGAAGAUAGCGAUGUAGAGGUUGUAGAGCCCAACCAUAUGUUAUCUUCUAAAUUAAAUAAAGAGUUAAACAAUCUACCAGUGGAAUCAUUUAUUGCGGAGUCCGAAUUGGAUCCGCAGGUUAUGAACCUUCUUGAGCUACCUUCUAAGAAGGAACUAAGGUGUUCAUUUGAAUCACCUAUGUUUUGUCCUCUUGCAGGCACGAAUUCUCAACAUGAGUCUCAGAUUUUCACAAUAAAAUCGGUUGUUCUUCCCUCCUCACAUUUGACCUCCUCUGAACACGUCAUACUCAACACCACUAAGAAUGAUAUUUUAGUCCUUCCGACCACAUACUUCUCUCCAUCUCAAUUGGCACUUGUCCAAAGUGCCAAUUCUCUUAAAUGUUUCCUCAAUGUGACCCUUACUCAACCCUGGCGAGAGAUGUCCCUUCAAGACACUGAUUCUGCUCGUAUAAUCUUCUCACCAAGUGGUGUAGAUGUUCAAGAAAUACCCGUAAAUACUACAGUGCCCGAUUUACAAAGGGUUCCUCUUCUAUGUUUUCUAAUCCUUAAUGCUAUGAGUCGAAUCGAUUUGAUUGAAAUUCAAGAAUCGUCUCCGGUUGAACAACUCGAUGACGACGUCUAUAUCUCUCCACUUUCUUUCACCUCAAAAGAUUCCAAACGCAAGAACUUCAGUUUGGUAGAGAUAUCAGGAUUGAGAGCAGCUAUUUGUGCUAAUUUAAAUUCAAUUAUUCUGUUUCUGGAAGUGUUUUCGUCUACUCCGAGUAGUGUUAUAACCAACGUUGACUCCUCCAAAUCCCAAGUUUGGUCUCUCUGUCCUGGUUGCUUGUUAGAUAGCUUGGAAGAAACCGUCCGAUCUUCGGAGAAUUCCAACGGCUCUUCAUCGACGUUUCAGUGUUCUAGAUGUCAAGCUAAAUGUGACCGACCUUUCCGAGCGGUAGAAAUUGUGGUCGAAAUGACUCACACCAACCAAAAGCGAAUCUCUUUUAAAGUAUCUAUACUGCCCUCGUAUCUCGCAGCACUAUUGAAGAUUGCCGAGUCAAGAAUCUACUGCUCUGAAUCUCUCAAUCCCAAGCGGCUUAUUGGCCAAUCUGUGACUUUCCCCUUUGGUCUUCUAAUUAGACUAUCAAGAUUCAAGUCGGCCGGAACCGAUUUUGUCAUCCAACUGCACCCAAAUUUGUUUUUUUAA